AUGGAAAACCCCUGCAGGAGGACGCGGCCUGUGAGAUGGAAACUGCUGAGAAACUCAUUUCUGCUUUGUUUUUCCACUGGUGGCAGCAAAGCCCAGUGUCACGGCUGUCUCGAGUACUGCUGCAAAGGCUCGCCACCUUUCUGCUGCUCCUAUUACGCCUACGUGGGUGACGUCCUUUCGGGCACUGCCAUUUCUGGGAUUGUGUUUGGCUUGGUGUUUCUGAUGGGCGCAAUGGCAGCCUUGUUCCUGUGUCUGUGCAUGUGUGUGAAAAAUGGACAUGGCGCCAGGGUCGGUGUGUUCAGCACAUCAUGCAUUAACACUGUUCCACAGGCCUACUCAAGUCCUCCGCCUCUAUACUCCUACGACUGUGAGACGUAUCCUCCACCUCUACACCCUCCACCCUACACACCGGUUCAGUCAGGGCUAGGCAGCUAA